CAUGCCAGGACUUGUGUCUGCGGCAGCACCUAGCAGCCUUCACUGACUGAAGGAAGUGUGUUGGGGGUUGAGUGGAGCAGAGCAGUGCAGCAGUUCAGGAACAGAGUAGGGCUUCCAUUUUAACAAGGCCAACAGAAGCCAACAGCCAGUAGUAGGAGUCAGCUGCAACAGCCUGGGAGGGAGCUGCAGUGGGGGCGGCAAAGCCGGACAAAGUGAGCUCACAGAAGUGCCUCUGAUCACCCUGCAACCGCAUUCCAGCACAGGAGAAUGAGCCAGUCAGCCUCCUCUAAGCCUGUGUGACGGGACCUAAACUAAACCUCAUCUUCUCUUCUUUGCCUGGACAUUAUCACCCUCCUCUUUUUCAGCAGUGUCUAACUGACAAGGGAUUUCAAAGGAAGAAGGAGAAUAAAAGUUCCUAUUUUCAGUUUUGAAACGGAAGAAGACCCAGAUGUGAGAAUGGAUGAGGGAUACGAACUUGACCUGACCUACGUGACUGAGCGCAUCAUUGCCGUGUCCUUCCCUCGGACAUGCUCAGAAGAGAUCUACCUCCACAACCUGAAGGAUGUCACACGGAUGCUCAAGUCCAAGCACGCAGAUAACUACCUGAUUAUCAACCUGUCGGAGAAGAGACAUGAUCUCUCUAAAAUGAACCCUAAGACUCUGGACACGGGCUGGCCUGACCUGCAUGCCCCUCCUCUGGAUAAGAUCUGUACAAUUUGUAAGGCCAUGGAAGGCUGGCUCAACGCUGACCCUCUGCACGUGGUGGUCAUACACUGCAGGGGUGGGAAAAGCAGAAUUGGAGUGGUCAUCUCAUCGUUUGUGAUUUUCACUGACAUAUCUGCCAGUGCUGAUCAGGCCUUGGACCGCUUUGCAAUGAGGAAGUACUAUGACGACAAGGUCUCAGCAUUGAUGACACCUUCUCAGAAAAGGUAUGUUUGGAUCCUGAACAGUCUCCUGAGUGGGUCGAUGAAAAUGAAUGCUUCUCCACUGUUCCUGCAUUGCAUCAUUCUUCAUGGGAUACCCAACUUCAACCCUGCAGGAGUGUGUCGCCCAUAUCUGAAAGUGUACCAGGGAAUGCAAGCUGUCUACUCCUCCGGGGUCUAUCACAUUGGGCCUGGACACAGAGACAGGAUAUGCAUCAGUCUGGAACCUGCUCAGCUGCUAAAGGGAGACAUAAUGGUGAAAUGUUACCAUAAGAGUGAUGUCACUUCGGAGCGUGAAGUGAUCUUCCGGCUCCAGUUCCACACGGGAGCAGUGCAGGGCUACAACCUGAUGUUCGAGAAGGAGGACAUGGAGACUGCCAAUAAAGAACCUAGAUUUCCUGAUUACGGGAAAGUAGAGCUGGUGUUCUCCGAGGGCCCGGAGAAGAUCCCAGGUGCAGAGCGCUGGCAGAACGGGGCAGACGUCAGUGUGGACUACAACACAGCCGACCCUCUGACACGGUGGGACUCCUACCAGAAUAUCAAUGACGGGGAAGUGCCUCGCUCUCAGGGCCUGGCCCAGGACAAAGCAGCCCUGUCCAAGAGGAGCGCUAAUGGGGGAGGAUCCACCAACAUGACCCUAGGCCGUGGAGCCCACCGAGCCACAUCUAUCACCAGCAGCCCCGACCACAGCGAACACGCCCUGUCAGCCAGCAGCGACUCAGGCCUGUCCAGCACCUCCCUGUGGACCGAGCGACCCCCAGUUCCCAUCAGCACCAGCACCAGGUCCCAGCAGGGUCCCAGCCGCCAGGAAAAGGCUCAGCUGAAGCGCCUGCUGAGUGGGUUCGGCCUGGAGGAACCCUCCCGAGAGCUUGAGGAGAUGUCUGAGUGCGGAGGUGGAGGGCCAGGAGGGGUGGCCUUCCAGAGACUGGUCCAAGUCCAGGUGCAUGUCGUCGGAGACCCGCGGCCCCCCAGGGAGAGGGAAACGGACAUCCUGGAUGACCUGGUCCUCCUGUCGGGUCACGACCUGCACAGUGUGGACAGCCUGGGAACCCUGUCAUCGUCCUGUCACAAGAGCAGCCAGAAUUCCCUGCUGUCGGAUGGCUUUGGCAGCCCCGGGGGAGAGGAGCUCCAGCACCAGCCUCCCCACCAGCCCCAGCACCACCACCCAGCCCCUGCAGCCAUGGAGGAGUAUGAGAGGGCCUAUGCUGAGGCCCGGAGGGGCUGUCUGGGCCAAAGGAGUGCUUCGAUCUCUGCCUCCACCCCAGCCAGCACUAUUCCCAUGCCCAAGCAGCAGGUCUACCUGCAGGGCAGCUACUCCACACACACCUGGGUGCGCCAGCAGCAGAUGGUAGCAGCCCAUCAAUAUGCCUACCUGCAGGCCGAGGAGGGUGAGGAAAGGGAGAGGUACCCAGGGGACAACAAGCAGCAGGAGGGAAGCCCACCCAAACCACCAGCCUCUACAGUGCCACAACAAAGCUCUGUGCUGAGGAUGGACACUGCUGUCCAGAGAACGGUGAUGGCCCUGCCACAAACUCACACUGAGCAGUCUCCUGCGGUCGUCAACAAGAACAAGCGAGACGAGGAGUUCAACUCUUUGACCGUGGACAUUGAUAACUCCAUCGACCAGCUCAACCAGUUGAUUAUGGACCUGGACCCCACGUUCAUGCCGGUCCCCACACGCUCCAGCUCGGUCAAGAGGAACGGAGGUACAGGGAUGCACGUGAAUGGCUCUGCCACCACCACCACCACCACCACCGCCACCUCAACAGGCUGCCCCAAUGGAGUCAGUCACAGACUCAUGGAUAACAGUACAGCCCCACUGCAAAGCACACAGCAGUCAGCCGUCCCAUCAUCCAUUGGUGAUGUCAGAGUGGACGCCAUGCAGAGUCUGAGUCGGCAGGUCAGUGAUGUCACAGAUCACCCAGGGUUCUGUGGCUCAGGUUGGGGUGUGCAGGAAGACUACAGGAGCACACGGACCUACUCACCCUGCGUACCUCACACACAGCAUGGCAUGCUAUUUAGAAGUGACAGUGUGGACUACAGAGCUCAAGGUCCAGAGAUGGACAGCGGAGUGGAGGCUGGUAGUGACAUGACUCCUCCUACUCCUGCCUUCCCCAUCUCUCCCCCUACACCUUAUGUGAAAAACAUGCCGGAAUUCCCUCACCUGAGGCAAUCUCCAUCUCCCAGCAUGCAAUCCUUUGGAGCUUACAGGAUGGAGCAGGAGCCUCACGGUUACUUAGAGAUGAUUGGUCACCUUCCCCAGUCCACAGAUGAGGGCCUCCCAGACUCCUCCUCCAGCAGCCAUAGGUCCUUCGGCUCCUCUCGCUCUGCCUUCACAAGUGGGACGCUCCAACGGACAGACAGCCCCUCCAUGGGUCAGCCCUGGCCAGAGGACAGAGCCCUCCUGAGCCGCCACGCCUCCCUCAGCACCUGCCCCACCCCCAGGCACCCCCCUCCCCACUCCAUGUCCCUGGACUACGGACACCACUCCCCUCCCAUGCACCCCCACCCGGCCCCCAACGCCCACAGCUCCCCCCGGGGAAGCCAACGGAGCCACAUGGCCCGCUAUGCCCUCACCCACAGCCCCGCACACAGCUUUGAUGAGCAGGACGACUCAGGCCUGGGGAGCUACGGCACCGCCGACUGCCCAGUCUCUGCCUCUCCUCUACUGGGGAACGGCGGCAUGGAGAGGGGCAUGUUGAUGUCUGGUUCCAUGGACCAGCAGGGCACCAUCCGGACCCAGCAGCACCAGCAGCUCCAGGCCCAGGGGGCCUUGCCUCCGCUGCUGCCCGAGAAGAGGAGGGCGUCAGACGGGGAGCACUCCCUGGGCACGGCCUCCCCAGCCCCCAGCGGGUUCUCCAGCCCACACAGCGGGAGCUCCCUCAGUAUCCCCUUCCCCAAUGUCCUGCCUGACCUCUCAGCCUCUGCACAGAUGCCGGGCACUGCCUCACCUCUGCCAGAUGUCCUGGCCAUCAAGCAGGUGACUGUAAAAUUUGUGCAAGACACAUCGAAAUUCUGGUACAAGCCUGAUAUCUCCAGGGACCAAGCUAUCUCAGUCCUGAAGGACAAAGAGCCUGGGUGUUUCAUUGUACGCGACAGCCACUCCUUCAGAGGUGCCUAUGGGCUGGCCAUGAAGGUGGCCACACCCCCUCCCUCAGUCCUGCAGCAGACCAAGAGAGGAGGAGAUCUGUCCAAUGAGCUGGUCCGUCACUUCCUGAUUGAGUGUACACAGAAAGGAGUUCGGUUGAAGGGCUGUCCCAAUGAGCCCUACUUUGGAAGUUUAACAGCGUUGGUGUGCCAGCACUCAAUCACUCCACUGGCCCUACCCUGCAAACUCAUCAUACCUGACAGAGAUCCUCUUGAAGACAUGGUGGAGAAUACUACUACACAAUCUAUUACCAACUCUGCUGCUGAGCUGCUCAAACAAGGAGCAGCAUGUAACGUGUGGUUCCUGGGCUCGGUGGAGAUGGAGUCUCUGACGGGGUACCAGGCUGUGCAGAAGGCCACCAGUGUAACGCUGGGCUCAGACCCUCUGGGUUCAGACCCUCUGCCCACCUCCACCGUGGUCCACUUCAAAGUCUCCUCACAGGGUAUCACCCUCACCGACAACCAGAGGAAGUUAUUCUUCAGAAGGCAUUAUGCAGUGAACACUGUCAUCUUCUGUGCAUUGGACCCUCAAGAUCGGAAGUGGAAAAAAGAUGGCUGCACUUCAGCAAAGAUCUUUGGCUUUGUGGCGAGGAAGACGGGCAGUGGGCAGGACAAUGUGUGCCACCUGUUUGCCGAGCACGACCCCGAGCAGCCCGCCAGCGCCAUUGUCAACUUUGUCUCCAAGGUGAUGAUUGGCUCCCAGAAGACCAAGUAGACCUGCCACGCUGCUAGCUGAUUGGCUAAUGAGGCUGUUUCUAAAACUGGGAACUGUAUUGUACAAACCCGCAACCUGAGGGUUAUGACCCAGGACUUAAUACGUUGGACUGGAAGCCAGCGGAAAAGAGUUCCACCCACAGAACUAGAAUGAGUUCUGUGAGUCUCUAUUUCUAUGUUUCCACCACCUAAGAAUGGGAUACAACGAGCAAUGGAUAACUGGACAUGGGAUAGAUUUCUCUUGAUAACGAGCAUGCAAAGACUUGUAAGUUACAGCUCCACCUCCUAUCCAAGUAAACUCCGAGUCACAGCACAGAGGGAGCUGUGGACCAUCAGCAGGACAGGAGACUCAAUAAAAUAUUUCUUGAGUUGAAUGAAAACUCAAAACUUCCUUUGACUUCAUUUUCUAAUAGACUCUCGUUAUGAUGAGCAUUAGGGGUGUGUAUGCAGGGAAACAUAGAAUACAACAGGUAUAUUAUAACGUGUAUUUCAUUUAUUGUUAUAGAACUAAUACAGGUGUUUGCAUUUCUCUCUUGAAGGGGUUUACAGUUUUAUGUAUCCCAGCUCUUUACAAGUUAGUUACAUAUUCCUAUUCUCAACAUGCUCUGUAUGGUGUGAUACUAUACUAAAGUUAGUUACAUAUUCCUAUUCUCAACAUGCUCUGUAUGGUGUGAUACUAUACUAAAGUUAGUUACAUAUUCCUAUUCUCAACAUGCUCUGUAUGGUGUGAUACUAUACUAAAGUUAGUUACAUAUUCCUAUUCUCAACAUGCUCUGUAUGGUGUGAUACUAUGCUCAAGGGGACCCUAGAAGCCUGGCAUGUAAGGGUUUGUCAUGUCUAAUAUUUAACCAAAAUGAAAUAAACAAUAUAAAUAAAGCAUUACUCAAGCUAUUAAAAAGGGUAAUGAAAAAUACUUAAUGAAUUUUUUUGUUUUUUGUAAAUGCACCAAAUACUAUUUUAAAAGUAAUCUAUUGAACUUCAAACAUCCCUACACUCAUGUUUUACCAUCCCAAUCAUUUCCCUUGAACUUUGAUGUUGCUCUGGAAAUGUAUGUGAGUUAAACCACUAUCAAAACUAAAAUACACACAAAUGCUAUGAUCUGGAUGGGGAGUGUUAGGAUGAAUUAAACCACAGACCAAUAUUUUAUAAGUAAACCCUAAUAUAUUAUAUGAUUAGUGUAUCUAAUUAGUUCAUUACUUGUACUUCAAACUCCUUUAUUACUUAAUUCAGUAAAACUUUGUCUGGAAGAAUGUUUAAACAUUGCUACAUCACUGUUUGUUUUUCCUCUGGCUAGUCUCAAAUAAUUGUUUUCAAUUGUAUUUUUGGUGGUAUAUUAUUGCCUCUAACUAUAUAUUGGAAUGUCUCAUUGUUAAUAUAUAAUAUAUUAACAAUGAGACAACAUAUAUAUAUAUAUAUACAUUAGAGGAAAAUUGUAUUAUAUAUUUCAUUUGGAAUUCAUAUUUUUUUUGUGUGUUGGAACAAUAGGUGAUUAUUGAGCUAAAUGGAAAAGUGCAAAUGUAUUAACAUUGCCCACUCAAUGCACCUUAUGAGCUCAAUCAAGCGCAACUUUUAAAACACAUUUUUGUCUAAAUUGACUUUCCUGAUCACUUUAUUUAUGUCAAAUAAUCUGGAGAGGGACCAUCUAAUCCAAUACGGCUUCGUUGAAAUAUUAUACAGUCAUUGUUUAUGUACAUUUUCAUUGUAUUGUUUCAUAUUUUUAUCAUGAUGUGCUAGUUAUACACUUUAUAUACAAAAGUAUGUGGACACCCCUUCAAAUUAGUGGAUUCGGCUAUUUCAGCCACACCCAUUGCUGACAGGUGUAUAAAAUCGAGCACACAGUCAUGCAAUCUCCAUAGACAAACAUUGGCGGUAGAAUGGCCUUACUGAAGAGCUCAGUGACAUUCAACGUGACACCGUCAUAGGAUGCCACCUUUCCAAAAAGUUAGUUCCUCAAAUUUCUGCCCUGCUAGAGCUGCCCCAGUCAACUGUAAGUGCUGUUAUAGUGAAGUGGAAACUUCUAGGAGCAACAAAAGCUCAAACGUGAAGUGGUAGGCCACACAAGCUCACAGAACAGGUGCUGAGGCACAUAGUGCGUAAAAAUUGUUAACGCUACAGCAUACAAUGACAUUGUAGACGAUUCUGUGCUUCCACCUUUGUGGCAACAAUUUGGGGAAGGCCCUUUCCUGUUUCAGCAUGACAAUACCCCGUGCACAAAGCGAGGUCCAUAAAGAAAUAGUUUGUCGAGAUUGCGGUGGAAGAACUGCGAGCCAGACCUAAUCGCCCAACACCAGUGCCCGACCUCCCUAAUGUUCUUGUGACUGAAUGAAAGCAAGUCUCUGCAGCAAUGUUCCAACUUCUAAUGGAAAGACUUCCCAGAAGAGUGGAGGCUGUUGUAGCAGCAAAGGAGGGACCAACUCUAUAUUAAUGCCCAUGAUUUUGGAAUGAGGCGUUCGAUGAGCAGGCGUCCACAUACUUUUGGUCAUGUAGUGUAUCAUCUACAGUCUGUACCUCAUAAUACCUUUACUAUCUCACAUUUGGAAUAAUAAUUAAGUGUCGUAUUGAUCCUGCAGCAAGUGACAUGAACAGUUCAUUUGUAUAUUAGAAAUUACAUUUUCAAUGUUAGAUGUAAAUAAACAAAAGGGAAAAGUAA